AUGGCUACCAGUCGCCGCGCUGCAAAGGCAGCCCCUGAAGAAGAUAUCGCAGCCAUGGACUCUACGCCGCGAACUACCACGACGCCACGCACCUCGCCCUUCCUUCCGACACCUCUCGAAAGAGCCGGGCUCGUCCUCUUUCCAGCCAUGCUGAUCUUUGGCACUAUAUUCUCCAUCAUAUCACCCCAGACGCGAGCCGCUCCAUACGAUCACGUCACACAAUCGCAUCUGCAAGACCCGAGCUUUUCGCCAAGCUACUUUGCGCGCAAGUCCAACCUGUUCAACGUCCUUUUCGUCAAGAGAGGCUGGGCCUGGAUCACUGUUGCCUUCUUCGGCUUUGUGUUUAGCCAUCCCAGCACCGCGAACCUGGAACGACGUGCCCGGGCUAUCUUUCGAUGGUUUGCUGUUACAUCCAUGUGGUUUCUUGUUACGCAGUGGUGUUUUGGUCCUGCUUUGAUCGAUCGCGGUUUCCGAUGGACAGGUGGUCGCUGCGAGCUCGCUAGAAGGGAGGUCGAGUUUGGCGUCGACAGUGUCGCGGACAAGGUCACAGCUGUGGCAUGCAAGGCUGCCGGUGGAAAGUGGAAGGGUGGUCAUGACAUAUCGGGUCAUGUCUUCCUCCUCACCCUCGGCACUGCAUUCCUCAUGCAGGAAGUUGGCUGGGCUGUCUUGAGGUGGUCUGGCAAGCGAAACGAAGAGCGAUGUGUCGUUAUGUCUGAUGGAGCACUCAAGAGCGCCAAUGUCGAGGCAGAUCAUGCUAUGGGCGAAGGCGCAGGAGAGCCUGCACUUGGACUCGGUGGCAAAUUUGCUGUCGGAGUCAUAGGACUUAGCUCCUGGAUGCUGCUUAUGACAGCUAUCUACUUCCAUACCUGGUUUGAGAAGUUUACUGGACUAAUGACCGCCGGUACAGCCUUUUACAUUGUGUACGUGGUGCCUCGUUUUGUGCCUGGUGUGAGACAGAUCGUUGGUCUGCCUGGCAUAUAA